AUGUCAAUUGCCUCAUACAAAAGCAAGUGCUCGAAGAAGAACGAGUGUGGACAUUGCGGUGGGACUUGGUGUCCCUCAAAAUGCGUUAUUGGUGCCGCAGAUCCUUUCAACAAGUGUGGGACUGCGUAUCCUACCGGGAUCUCCAGCGAUCCCUUUUGCUCCGGCAAGGAUGCAUGCAAGAGCUGCAAUGGCGAAUGGUGCCGUGCAGGCUACAACUCGCAUUUUACCAUUGUUGAGGGCAACCAUGGUCGGGAAGUGCCAGAGUAUGUUCCACCUGAAGAUGAAACAUUGGGCAUUUGCUGCUAUCGUGGCAAAUUGGGAAGUGCCAAAGACAUGUGCGGCGCAUGUGCAGAUGUGGCCAAGGACUCCACUUGCUCAGUGAAGAGCCGGUGCGCUGGCUGCGGCGGCACCUGGUGUCCAGGGCCCAGGUGUGUGAAGUCGUUUGCUGAUAAGAAGAAUCCGUGUGGGUCCGCAUACCCCUACACUGGAAUUGCGAAGCAAGAUGACUAUUGCGCAUUGGAUGAGAAGCAGUGCUCUAGCUGCAAAGGGGCAUGGUGUGAGCCAGGGAACAUUACGUACUCUGACGGGCAGAAGUAUGACCCAAGCCAUCCCUACAUCUCUCCGACCGACCAACGACUAGAGCCGGAGGACCCAGCGGAAACAGCAGAAGCUGAGAAGGAGGUGGCAAGUGAUGAUAGCAUCGAAGAUCUCUUCCCAGAUGGCUUAGCAUGA